UUGGCUAAUAUAUAAAAAAUAAAAUCGGUUUUCAGGUUAAAGUUCAGCAGACAAGGUUGCACAAAAGGUCAUGACGUAGUUCCGUCCCAGUAUGCAUUGUUAUGAUGUCCGCCAUUAGUCACUGGGCUAAACAUUGAAAAUAAAAAUCAUCUUGUUUUAUGAUUAUUUCAUCUGUUUUAAGCCAUAAAUGUUUCAAAAUGUGAGAGAUAAUUAUUUAUUAGGUUAUGUUUUCAGUUUUAGCGUGUAUAAUGAAAUGGAGGUGAGUUAGUUCAAAAUAAAGACUUAUUUCCUGGAGUAGAAUCGACGAUUUGUUUUCGCCUGUUUUUCUUCACGUAGUACUUCUACCAGAUCAAGCAUGGCAAGUACGAAAAACGAUGUUCAGUUGCCAAAUAAUCCUGAUGUUUUAAAAAGUCAGCAGUUAAACUUAAAUCAGUUGAAAAUGGAAUCUGUAAAUGUGACGAACGUUACAAAUGAAAAUGAUCGUAAUUCCAACCUCAGUCCUUCAAAAUCUGCUGAUCCGGCUCGAAAGAAAACUUUUAAAAUAAUUAGUGUAAAAAAAGGUGGGAGUGGCAGUGGUGAUUUAGCAGGCGAUAAUGAUGGUGACAGUAUUGAUGGUUUGGAUGAAAGUCAAACAGAAGAUCUUAGUUCUGAAUUUUAUGACAGCUCAAAAGCUACAGAUUUAGACAUGGAUCAUGAUGGUUUAAUGCCCCUCACUCCAGAUGAAGUGACAAGCACCACUACCAUUGUUGUAAAACAAAAACCAGAUCGUGAUUCACAAUCAAGAUUUAAAGUUGUCAAGAUUGAAACCAAAGAACCCUUUCGCCGUGGCAAAUGGGUUUGUUAUGACUUCUUUGACACAGCCCCAGCGUCAGUUGUUACAUUAGAAAAAAACGGCUCUAAAAUGACAGAAGACAGUAUUAUACAUUCAGCACUUUCUGGUAACCUAAGUUCAUCAAGUUCAGUGCAUUAUGUACAUGAUGUAAAUGAUUCUUCCAGUAAUAUUUAUGUUACACCUUUCGUCCCAAUAAGUCCUACUGGUCCUGAAGGGCAACGGAUAUUCUCUGAUGUUUUUGUUCCCAUUCAGCCGGCACCAGCUAGUCAAGUAUUAAAUCAGUUUGAUGGACUUUCAUCUGCAGAUAUUGUCGGACCAUUUAUAGCUCAGCAAGUUUUUAUGUCAAUGGCUGGUGUUCCUUCCUCCAGUUCCUCAUUUUACAGCCUUUCCCAACCCGUAAAUACAACUAUAAUUCAGAGUUUGCCACCUACUAAUAUUUUUCCAUACAAUGCUCAUAACGGUCCGUCAAACAUAUAUCCAAAUAAUGUUGCUGGACAACCUAAUAUAGCUGUUAGUUUGCCACCUGAAAACAUCAUCACACCUGGUGGUUCCAUACAGACUGUCGUUUCUUCAGUAGCGCCAAUAUCUGUUGCGGAUAUUGUCAACAGCGCCCAGGACCAAAGCCAGGGUUUCGUUAUGGUGAAUGGUGUUCCAGUUCCACGUUCCCAGAGCCAAACACAGAUUUCAGGUGUUCCUAUAGCACCGAUAGUGCUGCCUCCAGUCAUAGAGACGCCAGGCAUUGUUCCUAUUGUCAGUAAUGCUUGUGGUAUUCAAGUUGCUAAUGAUAUGGUCACGUCAACCACUGAUAUAGAGCAGAUGGGCCCAGGAAUGGAUGAAAGCACUGGGAGUAUUGCUACUCUGAAGGGUGAUUCUGAUGGUGCUCCACCUCAAGGCCUAGAAGAAGCUGUAGAAACAAUGUACAUAGGUCUAGAGAGAAAUGAAGAUGAUGUAGAUGAGAGGAAAACAGCAGCUUCUAGGUCAACACGCAUUAGGCCUACUGCAUUGCCUCUAAAUGUGAAAACUAGAAGCCAUGGCUCGCCAUUACUUGUAAGGCCCAACGCAAUACCAGCUCACCUUGACGCCAGGAAACUGGACUCUCCAUCUCAUGCCUGGCCCAGUCCUAUGCCAAUCCACUUAGACUCUAGAAAUGUAGACUCCCCCCUCCCCUGGCAUAAUGCUAUGCCAGGCUACUUUGAAAACAGAAACCUGGAUUCUCCUUGUAAUUUUUGCUAUACUCCUGUGGGGGCCAGGUCUCUCUGCUCCUCCCCUGUUCCCCCACCCUUUAUGGACUUUGAUCCCUUGACUUCAAUGGCUGCCGGCAUCUUCCCGUCCUCUUCCAACAAUUUCUUUCCUUACAUGAACCCAGGCAGCCACGGAAUGUUCUCACAGCCUUCAGCUUUCUCCCCACUCAGCAUGUCCAAGAAUUCUCUAGCACCCCCCAAAGCUUCUCCCCCCUCUUCCUCACACUCUCACAAACCCAGGACCUUCGACACCCCCCCUGUGGUCAUAGUGGACUCGGUGCCCCACUCGGCUCAUCCCAAGUCCCUGUCCCCCGAUGCUUUCCCUCGAGCUAGGUCCACACCGCCGGAGAAGAGCAACCAACAUGACAAUAAGAUAACUGAGCUCCUUGUCUCUGCUGUUCUCCCACUGGACGAGCAACAGGCAGCCAAGGAUGGUGGCGGCAGUACUGUAGCUAUAGACAACAAGAUAGAACAAGCAAUGGACUUGGUGAAAAGGCACUUGAUGUAUGCUGUCCGUGAAGAGGUGGAAAUAUUGAAGCAACAGAUUGGUGAAAUGAUGGAGAGAAUCGGCCAGCUGGAAUAUGAGAACACAGUGCUGAGAGCUGAGGCCAAGCCUGAGACCUUGAACAAAUUGCUGCUGCCCCGGGUCACCCAGGCUCCGCCCACAGUCGGCCUACCCGCCCCCGCCACAGCAGGGACCCAGGCUCCGCAGAUCCCCCUGCAAGCAAGCACCCAGCCGGCGGUUGCGCCACAGGCCCAUGUCCAGCCAGCCGUACAGCAGCCGGUCCACCCGGCUCCAGCUUCACAAGUGAGCCACCCCCCAACCAGCCACCCAGCCCCACAAGCUGCCCAGCACCCCCCAGCCACAUGAGGUGCAUUUAGUAUUAGGUAUAGCAAAUUCUGACCAUUGCCUGUAGACAUCAAACAUCCAGCUAUGUUGAAUCAUCUCUAACGAGCACAGCGUAGGCCGCCGUCCAUCCACUGCCUUGGUCCAGGCCCCCUCAGCCUGGAUGGUCAGUUACCCCAGCAGAUGGCCCGCUCUGGAGGAAAUGCCAUCCUGCACUAGACAAUCUCCAGACAAACCUGUGGUAUAGUUUGUCCUAAGCUCUAUCACAUUUGUUAAAAUUAAUUGACCGCUUGUUUGAAAAAAAAAAACAUUUUACACUAUGAGCUUAAAAUUUUAAGUUGAUUGAUUUUUUUUUUCUUGCUCUUUAAGUUUAUAACUAAACUGGUCAUGUUCGUUUCAUAGAUGGGAUGUUUGUUUUUUUAAACUUUGUGCUAACAUUGUGAUAUUAAUCCAUGUAUUCUAACAAGAACUAUGAUGUACUAUGUUAUGUUGACAGUUUACCCUUGUUUGAGUGAGUCUUGGUUACUAUAAUCUGUGUUUGAUUAUACAUACAUGAAGCACAAGUUCACUAUGAUUAAUACAGUUUUGUUUUGUUUCAUGAAAUUUGAGAAUAGUAGUUUUUAAGAGUGGCAAAACAAGGUGGAACAGUAAUUAUGAUGUAGCUCUGCGGUAGCUAGGUGAAAACCUGUGCAUUGGUUUGGUUCUGGGGCACCUGCUUCUAUGAUUACAUUUAUGUAAUGGAGGCUACACCUCUUUAGGUGAGCUAUAGUUUGUCAGAUUGAAUAUCUGAGGCAGGUGUCUUGUGGCAUGAGUCACCUUACACAUCAGAGGUGUACUGUGAUACAGAAAUGUGCAAUGUCACCUAAUACAUGAACUAUGCUGUGACACCUUUAAUAUGAUAGCUGUCUUAGGAGGUAUAUUUAUACCGUACCACUAUUACCUAGAGCGAUUGUGUGUCACUUGCUUUACAUAGGGUAGGAUGUGUCACCUUUUAUCCAGAGGUAGGGUAGGAUGUGUCACCUUUUAUCCAGAUGUAGGGUAGGAUGUGUCGCCUUUUAUUCAGAGGUUUGCUACAUCACCUUUCAUACAGAGGUAUACUGUAUCACCUCCAAUUCCAUAAGUAUAAUGUAUCACCUAUUGCUUCAGGAUGCUGUAUCACCUCCAGUAGAUGAGGUAUGCUGCGUAUACAUGGAAAUAUGCUGUAUCACCUAAUUACCUUGAGGUAUAGUCUUGCCACAUGAGCUAAGAGCCAUGAAACUCCUUGUAACUGUAUUACAUUAAUGCAUAGAAGGUUGUGACUAUAUCUUUGAUUAAAGCCUUUCUAUAAUCCACUCCAUAUCUGAUUGCUCAUCACUUGAAAAAGUUGACAGAAAGAUUGUAUAAAUAGCUAUCCGGGAAAUGUAGCUAUUACUACAACUUUUGUAAUUAUAUUAAAAUUAAUUAUUACAUUUAUUAACCAAUAUACAGAGAUUCAAUUAUCAUGUGUGUAUUUUUUACUUUGGAGUAUUUAAAAUUUGUUUUAUUUUUUGUUUGUUUGUGUCAGUCCAAUCUAAUCAUGAAAUUAUUUAAUUAAUUUUGAAAUUAGUCCUGUUGCCAAAUUCGUCUUCAAUUAUGUUAUGUCUGGUUAACCUGGAUUGAUGUAAAAACAUGAAUUUUAAUGGUUUUUAUUCAGAUUUUUUUAUGUAACUCAAUAUUUGUUUUUGGCUUAGAUUUAAAUAAUCAUUAGCUUCAAAUUUAUCAAAAACAAAGCAUGCUUUUAAAACUUUAUUUCCUAGAGAUUUUUGUAAGGGAAUUAAUCCAGUAAAUACCUAAUUAGGAGAAAUUCUACUUUAAGUAAAGUUUCUUAUUUUCAUGUACUAAGUUGAGAAUAAUGAAAUCUGUUACAUGCCAAAUAUCAACCUGUCUUGGUGUGGCAAGUUUUUUUUUUUUUAAAUUGUACAUUAUAUGUUCAUAUUAUGUUUGAUUGUUGACCAAAUACGCUAUCAUAAUAUUUGUUUGUUCAUGCAAGUCCAGGAAAUCUGUGAGAUUUUAAAAAAAUUGACCUGAUUGUACAUUGACUAAAUACCAGAUUAAAGGGAAGAAUUCUUAGAACUGUUGAGACUUGAUGUACUUAAAAGAUGCAUUCUUGGCGCUCAGUCUGUGGCUGGUAACAAAGUAUAAGACCAGUUUUUGUUAUACAAAUGGACACACAAGUCCUGCUUGCAGGUCCCGGCUUGUCCUGUUGAGUGGUCAUGUGACCCACAGUAAUUAUCUAAGAGGUGAUUAGUGCUUAAUUUUUUGGCUGUAUGAGUUUUCUUUGUUUGCUGAAAUCUUAGUGUUAGCUUUGCGGAUACUGGCGCAGUUUUAUGCAUCAUUACACACACGGUUUUAAGGAAAUAAAGAAUAAUUUAAAACU